AUGACCACUACAACCACCCUUCCCCACAUAACUGUGCCACCUCUCACUGCACCACAACUUGCCACAGACAGUGAAGAGCACAGCGAGGAUGACCUAAGUCCGCCUCCAUCAAAUCCUCAUUAUCUGCUCAACAUGAAUAACAAUAAUAAUAGUGAAGAGGAGAAAAAGAAGAAAAGGAAAAAGGAGAAGAAAGAAAAAAAGGAGAAGAAAGAAAACCAGGAUGACAAGGAAGAAAAAGAAAAAGAGACAGAAAAGAAGAAGGAGGAUGAAAAAGAGAAAGAAAAAGAAAAGGAAAAGGAAAAGGAAAAGGAAAAGGCAAAGGCAAAGGACAAGGAUAAGGACAAGGAAAAGCCCAAAGAAAUGUUUGUUAUGAAUCCUGCUGGGAAUUUGUAUUACAACUGGCUGUUCAUCAUCACGAUACCCGUCAUGUACAACUGGACCAUGAUCAUAGCCAGGGCUUGCUUUGAGGAGCUGCAGCACACCUACCUCAUUUACUGGGUUUUCCUGGACUACACCUCAGACAUGAUUUACCUUGUGGAUGUAAUCGUCAAGUCCAGAACAGGUUACCUUGAACAAGGCCUGAUGGUGAAAGAUAAAAAGCUGCUAAGGGAUCGCUACAUCAGCAGCUUCCAGUUUCGUCUGGAUUUCAUUUCCAUGUUGCCCACUGACAUCUUCUAUUUCGUCCUGGGUUUUGACUACCCAGAGAUUCGCAUCAACAAGCUGCUGAGAAUUGGCCGCUUGAUAGAGUUCUUCACGAAGACUGAGACUAAAACUAACUACCCCAAUAUCUUUCGCAUUGGAAACUUGAUCAUGUACAUCCUCAUCAUCAUCCACUGGAAUGCCUGCUUAUACUUCUCCUUCUCCAAGUUUAUUGGUUUUGGCCAUGAUGAUUGGGUUUACCCGGCUCUGGAUGACCCUGAACAGCCUGAUUUUGGGAAGCCCAUGAGGAAAUAUGCAUUCAGCCUUUACUGGUCCACACUGACCCUAACAACUAUCGGAGAAAUGCCACCUCCAGCCCUGGACUCAGAAUUUCUCUUCCAUGUGGUGGACUUCUUAGUUGGGGUCCUCGUCUUUGCCACCAUUGUAGGAAACAUUGCUACCAUGAUCUCCAACAUGAACGCUGCCCAAGCCCAAUUUCAGGCUCGAAUUGACAAUAUCAAGCAGUACAUGCAGGUUCGAAAGGUCAGCAAGGAUCUUGAGUUGCGAGUCAUCAAGUGGUUUGACUAUCUGUGGAAUAACGGCAAGGCACAGGAUGAACGGGAGGUGCUGAGGUAUCUUCCAGACAAGCUAAAAGCUGAGAUCGCCAUCCAAGUUCAUAUGGACACGCUCAAGAAAGUUCGCAUUUUUGCAGACUGUGAGGCCGGCCUGCUGAUUGAAUUGGUGCUCAAGCUCCGGCCACAGGUGUUCAGCCCCGGAGACUACAUCUGCAAAAAGGGUGAUAUUGGCCGUGAGAUGUAUAUCAUCAAAGAUGGAAAACUUGCAGUAGUUGCUGACGAUGGUGUCACACAGUUUGUUGUCCUGGGAAGCGGCAGCUAUUUUGGUGAGAUUAGUAUCCUUAAUAUUAAAGGCAGCAAAGCGGGCAACAGGCGGACAGCCAACAUCCGCAGCAUUGGAUACUCAGAUCUUUUCUGCCUGUCAAAGGAUGACCUGAUGGAGUCACUGACAGAGUACCCAGAUGCUAAAGGCAUGCUUGAGGAGAAGGGCCGACAGAUCCUGUUGAAAGAUGGCCUGAUAGACUUGGACCCAGCCAACAUUGUGCCUGAGGUCAAAGAGCUAGAAGAGAAGGUCAACAGAUUGUACAGCUCAAUGGAACUGAUGCAGACUAAGUUGAGGAAGAUUCUGGGAAAUUACACAACCACCGACAAGGCUCUCAGACAUCGCAUCGCUGAUCUGGAGCUGAUGACAGGAGAGGAGGUAGAGGAAGAAGAUGAGGAGGUGAAAAAGGAGAUUGAAGGGGAGAAAAAGGAAGAUGAAAAAGCAGGAGAGGAUGAAGGAGAUGGGGAGAAAAAGGAAGAAGAGGAAAAAGACAAGGAAACUACAGAGGAAGACAAAAAGUAA